UCAUGGAUGAUGAGGUGCGUGUCUCAGAGGCGCCAGCGCACCGCACCGGGCUGAGGUAUAGCUAAUGAGCAGACCAGACAAACGGUCCCUCUCAUAAGAAAUCCACGCGGCGUCUCAGAGCCGGAGAGACCAUGAAGGCGAGCGGCAGACUGAGGAGUAAACGACAAUUUCCCUCGGGAUAAAUAAAGUUCUAUCUUAUCUUAUCUCUUAAAGAUUCACCUGCAGACGACUGAGUGAAGAGGCAGGAUGGCGGGGGGUCGCAGGGGACUUGUGGCCCCUCAGAAUACUUUUUUGGAGAAUAUUGUGAGACGGUCGAACGUUUGGACACUGUCACAUAGACAGACAGAUACCAACUUUGUCCUGGGAAAUGCUCAGAUAGUGGACUGGCCCAUUGUCUACAGCAAUGAUGGUUUCUGCAAGUUGUCGGGGUACCACAGAGCAGAGGUGAUGCAGAAAAGCAGCACCUGCAGCUUCAUGUACGGGGAGCUCACAGACAAGGACACGACGGAAAAAGUGCGACUAACAUUCGAGAACUAUGAGAUGAACUCAUUUGAAAUACUGAUGUACAAGAAGAACAGGACGCCUGUGUGGUUUUUUGUGAAGAUUGCUCCCAUUCGAAAUGAACAAGAGAAAGUGGUCUUGUUUCUUUGCACAUUCAGUGACAUCACAGCCUUUAAACAGCCCAUUGAAGACGAUUCUUCCAAAGGCUGGGGAAAGUUUGCCCGACUGACUCGAGCUCUAACAAGCAGUAGAGGAGUCUUGCAACAGCUGCAGCCCACAGUUCACAAAGGAGAGAAUGUCCACAAGCACUCCCGUUUAGCUGAGGUACUGCAGCUCGGCUCAGAUAUCCUACCUCAGUACAAGCAGGAGACCCCCAAAACCCCUCCUCACAUCAUCCUGCACUACUGCCUCUUCAAGACCACGUGGGACUGGGUCAUCCUCAUCCUCACCUUCUACACGGCCAUCAUGGUGCCCUACAACGUCUCAUUCAAGACAAAGCAGAACAACGUGACGUGGCUGGUGGUGGACAGCAUCGUGGACGUGAUCUUCUUGGUGGACAUCGUUUUAAACUUCCACACCACGUUCGUUGGCCCCGCCGGCGAGGUCAUCUCAGACCCCAAGCUGAUUCGAAUGAACUACCUGAAGACCUGGUUUGUUAUCGACCUGCUGUCCUGCCUGCCGUACGACGUCAUCAACGCCUUCGAGAAUGUCGAUGAGAAUUGGAACCACCAAGCUGUCACUCAAGGGAUCAGCAGUCUGUUCAGCUCACUGAAGGUGGUCCGGCUACUCCGUCUGGGUCGGGUUGCCCGUAAACUGGAUCACUACAUUGAGUAUGGGGCGGCUGUACUGGUCCUGCUUGUGUGCGUUUUUGGACUGGCUGCUCACUGGCUGGCCUGCAUUUGGUACAGCAUCGGUGAUUACGAGGUUAUUGAUGAAGAAACCAACAUUGUGCGCAUGGACAGCUGGCUCUACAUCCUGGCUGAGACGAUGGGCACACCGUACCGCUUCAACGCCAGCGGUUCAGGGAAGUGGGAAGGCGGGCCGAACAAGCACUCUGUCUACAUCACUUCCUUGUACUUCACCAUGACCAGCCUGACGAGCAUUGGCUUCGGUAACAUCGCCCCGACGACAGACGUAGAGAAAAUAUUUGCCGUGGCCAUGAUGAUGAUUGGAUCCCUUCUUUACGCCACCAUCUUUGGUAAUGUGACAACAAUCUUCCAGCAGAUGUACGCCAACACGAAUCGUUACCAUGAGAUGAUUAACAGUGUGCGGGACUUCCUUAAGCUCUAUCAGGUGCCCAAGGGCUUGAGUGAAAGAGUUAUGGACUACAUUGCCUCCACCUGGUCCAUGUCACGGGGUAUAGACACUGAAAAGGUGUUGCAGAUUUGUCCGAAGGACAUGAGAGCAGAUAUUUGUGUUCAUCUCAACCGGAAGGUUUUUAAAGAGCACCCGGCUUUCCGGCUGGCCAGCGAUGGAUGUCUCAGAGCGCUGGCCAUGGAGUUUCAAACCAUCCACUGUGCCCCUGGUGACCUGAUCUACCAUGCUGGUGAAAGUGUGGACAGCCUCUGUUUUGUGGUAUCGGGAUCACUGGAGGUAAUUCAGGACGACGAGGUGGUGGCCAUUUUAGGUAAGGGAGAUGUAUUUGGGGAUGUUUUCUGGAAAGAGGUGACUCUCGCUCAAGCCUGUGCCAACGUCCGAGCUCUGACCUACUGUGACCUCCACGUCAUCAAACGCGAUGCUCUGCAGAAGGUGCUGGAGUUCUACACAGCGUUUUCCAACCACUUCUCAAGAAAUCUGCUGCUCACUUACAACCUGCGAAAGAGGAUUGUCUUCCGAAAGAUCAGUGAUGUGAAACGAGAGGAAGAGGAGCGACAGAGACGUAAAAAUGAAGCCCCUCUGAACUUGCCACCAGAUCACCCGGUACGAAAGCUCUUCCAGCGCUUUCGACAGCAGAAGGAAGCCCGCAUGGUGACAGACAAGCCAGAAGUAGAUGAACAUGAUAUUGAGAAGGGCCCCCUGUACGUGGACGUCCCAUUAGCUAAUACAGCCAUUACAACUACCAGCAUCGUCACAGUAACAGAAAUCCCAGCAACACCGUCAUCUUCAACGCCCACCAACUGUGCUUCCUCAGACAAGGCGAAGCUGCAAGUGCCAACUCCCAUUUCUUUGGUCGGAGGCCGGUCUGCUGAGCCACUUAAAGUCAAAGGCUGGGGUCGCUUCAAGGAGUCCAUGACCAAAGCCGACAACUGGAACAAAGUGUCUAAAGCCGAAUCCAUGGAGACGCUACCUGAACGGACCAAGGUGCAUGAAUCACAGAUGUCUCUUAAGAAGACAGACUCGUGUGACAGCGGUAUCACCAAAAGUGACUUACGACUAGACAAAGUGGGUGACUUUCGCAUGACGCCCCAGGACCGAAGUCCCGUUCAGCCUCCGGAGACCAGGCACGCCUUCUACCCGAUCCCAGAGCAAACGCUUCAGGCCUCGCUUCAGGAGCUCAAGCUGGAGUUAAAGGACGACCUCAAGAACCUGAACGUUCGAAUGUCCGGCCUGGAGGAGCAACUCACAGAAGCACUUGCACUCCUCAAAGCGAGGAAAUCAAGUGCUGGCUCUCCGCAGCCUCUUUUUGACAUUUCUAGACCUGCUUCACCAGAACUGGAAAAAGAAGACAUCUUCUCUUGAAGGAUGGACGAAUCAUCAGGCAAAAGUUACCUGUGAACUCAGCUGGAAUCCGGUAAUAUCCAGAUUACUUGGAUAGCUGAAGCUGCACUGUGCACACCGUUUAGAUUAGGCAACAGUGUGGUCUUGAAGACACACCUGCCUUUAUCAUAGGGGUGUACGUGUUGGCUAACAACGGACGGAGAGGCUGUAGCUCAGAUUUUGGUGUAAUAACACUCAGAGGUUACGUAAAAACUGACAGCUUUAUGUUUGUAUAUAAGUUUCCAUCUAUAAUGGAAAAAUAGCUUAAAGAGCUCCAAAAUCUGUUUACCUCUUCAGAUUUUGAGAGUCUCUACAGAAGAACAUAGUUUUAUCUCUGUUGGAAGGCUCCAAUAGAAACAGCAUGACCCACUGGUUUGUUAUUGAAUCAUUUGUAUGAGAUUCUUUGCAUGUCACAUAAAAUAGACGUGUGCCUCAAAUUGCAGAUGGUGCAUAUUUGAUUAAUUGAGACCACACAGCGAGUCAUUUGCAUUAUUUCACCAUGACAGUGAAAAAGGUCUUUGCAGAUGUGGAAACAGUCUCAGUUAUUUCCUCAAGCAAUUGAUGAACUCUUUUAUUAUAUCAACUGCCAGGAUCAUUAUGAAUUAUACAACAGAUAACUCCAAGUAAGUAAUCCGAUUUCGAACAAGCAAGACAUCUUUCAGCAGAUUUUAUUAUUUCCAUAAACCAUGGAAAGAUAACAGAUGCAAUGCUAACUAGUGUGGCAGCAGUGAGUAAGUUAUCCAUCUUUCCUGAUGUCUAGAAUUUAUUGUACUCUAUGUAAACACUACAACCACGUACAUGAUGCAAACAUUGUAUGAGCACCAUGCAUUUUUAGCUUUGGUGAUGCAUAAUUAGAUAUGCAGAUGGUACUAAUAAUGGCUAUGCCCCUUGACGUAUUUUAAAACUGUUAAGAAAAUAGUAAGGAAUGCCCUUUUGCAGAAUAUUUCUAAAAUAAAAUGUAUUUAUGUAAAAUAAACUUCAAAGUGAAGAUAGUCACUGGAACUUGUUUUAGGAUGAGUUUUGGAUUUAAUGGCCACUGAGAUACAUUUUUAUAUUUGUUACACCAGUUAGUAUGCAUGAGUUAAUGUGCCUGUCUGUCUUCACAUUCACAAAAAAACAUCAUCCCAGGACUAUACAAGAUACAAGUUGACUAUUAAUAAGGGGCCGAUUUUAAAAAUGUGAAACUUUGUAAUUUUGGCACAAAUACAGGCAAUCUCUUUCAGGACUGAUUGCUUCACUAGACGCAGGUAUUUGGAGGCAAUGUAAACUUGCUUAUUGCUUCCACAAACUUUAACAUACGUUCCCUAAAUGCGCCUAAUUGUGCCAGCUGGGAGACAACCAUCUGGUCAGUACUGAGUCAUUUCAUAAUUUAAAAAAGUAACCACCCAAGAGAAAAACAUUUAAAUAAUUUCAGACACAAAAAGUAUUUCAGAAUUUGUUGUAUUUUUAUUAAGAUUUUAUUUUAAUCAAGUUCCCAAAAUGUUAUUAGGUAGUCUUUCAUCAUUAAUUCAAACACAAACUGCCAGAUGUAGGCAGAGUAAUCCAGUCAAAAUAAAUAAAAUAAAAUUCAGGAACAAAUAGCAGUAUCAUUCAUUUUAUAACUUUCUCUAAAAAUUUAAAUUUUCUUUUACAUUUUAACACAAUUUCAAUUUUCCCCCAAAAAGGAAAACAUUUAGGUAAGGAUUAUUUCAGUUGUUAUACAAACAAUCAACUUUACUGAAACUACACUAAAUUUAACCUUCUUGUACCAUGGCUAAAAUGUUAGACUGAUGGAAGGAUUCAUAAUCAAUUUUACACUUAAACUUCGAUGGUUAUGUUGUUAACCAAAUUAAAUUUGUGUGAAUGAAUGUAUGUAUCAAACCCGAGAAUCAGUAUGGGGGACAGGAGGAAUGGGGGCAGAGUGAGAAAACACAGGGAACACUUUAGAGCUGCUUUAGAGCAUCAUUGUGGUAACUGAAGUCAUUCAUUUAUUAGUCCACAUAAAAAGAUGCAUCCAACACCAAGUAAUACAGAACCAUGAGUUCUGGUAUCGAGCAAUAAUUAUAUGCAUUAUAUAGCUCUUAGUCGAAUUUUUUGCUAAAACCUCAUCAGUUGACGUUCUUUAAAAACAAUGAAUAAUGGAAGAAUAUAUAAUAAUAUUCAGUAAUAUGACUCAUUUUUAAAACAGUCAAACUGUUUUUGCCGUUUUAUAGAUUGAUGAAUUCACGCAGAUUGCUGAUAAUUAAGUCCAGAAUAAAUUAAUUGCAAUCAGUAGUAAUACUGUAUUAUACCACUGACAUUAGCAGUAGUCAUACUUGCAUACAAAACAAAUAAUUGUGUUUUACUGUGGACCAUCAAAUUUGAGGGAUUUUGGGGUGUACCUCUGGUAGAAGCUUUACUGUUCUGCUUGAAUAUAUCUUUAGUAUACAGUAAAAGUAACCAUUAUCUUAUAUUAUUUAUUAUUCAGAUGGAUAAUUUAUCUUUCCUGCAUGCCUUCUCUCUUAUCAAGAAAAGCUGAGAGGAAAAAGACACUUUUUUUUCCCCCAACACAUUCUGUAGCUCCAUUCCCAUCAAACAUUCAGCUUACUAAAAAUAAAUGGCAUGUCAUCACAGAAGUGAGAAACUCAUUUGGGUUAGAGUCGGUGUUUAUGGGACUGUUUUCACAAAGAAUUGUGAUCUUAUAACGGGAAAAUCACUAAAAUCAUCUUGCUAUGACUUUUUUUAUUUCAUAAAGCUGCUGUUCAUACAUGAGUAAGAAGAAAUCAAAGGAAGCAAAAAGACGGCCGGCACGAGUCUCUGAGGAAUUUAGUCAGCCAAGAAAGGAUCCAAAACUCUUUUAAAAUGAGAAACAAAUUUGGUAAAAUGUUAUUACAUUAAUUGUUAAUUAUAACUUCAGUUAUGAUUGAGACUGACAGGGCACUGAGUGCAUCAAUACCAAAUUCUUUCCCAGAACCACUGGACAAAUGAAUCCAAUAACGUUAUAGAGGUUAAAUGUUUACCGGUGUAUUUGCAACCUGCACUUUGUGUUAUAUUAAGAAAACUAAACACAAUCAUCAUACACACACCCCACCUCGCAGUAUAUAUUAAUGCCGACAGGACAUAUAAAACCUCUAAAUGGAACGUUUUAAAUUUGGGCAACUUUAUGACAAUUGGGCAGAUUUAAAGCCUUGAUUUGCUACUUUGCGACAGAUAUGUUGCAAGCUCAGCCAGAUUUACAUGGUACGGUUGUGCAGUACAGUAUUUAGAACAAUUUAGUGGUAUAGUUUGACAUUUUAAGAACUACGUUUGUUAGCUUUCUUGUCGAGAGUGAGUUGAGAAGAUUGAUAGCACUCAUGUCUGUAGAGAUACAGGCCUUCACAUACAGAGAGUCAGAGAAAAGUUUAGAGUGAUAAGCUGCUGUUCAAUAUUAAUUCACUGUGCUGAGCUGCAGAGAUUUAGGAGGAGCCCAGGAGCAAUUUAGGGGGAAGUGUAGAAAAGCUUAACUUUAUUCAGUUUUCCUCUGACACAACAACAAACAGGCGAGAACCAAACCCACUUGUUUUAAUGCCUGCAGAAACAAAAGCACAGAGUUGUUUGCUACUCCUUCCACUUGUCAAGUGGGGAUUGCUUCCAGCACCGAUACAGAACCACAAUGUCAAUCAGUCUUUCCUGCUCGGGUGGCGUCGUUGAAUUAAAACAAUUACAGCGGUGUUACAAAAAAAAGACAGCAAACAGUUUUUCUUUUCUUGGGAAACAAACUGCAACAGAAAAUUAACUUGCUUGUGUGUAGUACAGCACCUAAACCAAAAAAAAAAAACCUGUCCAGUUGGGGAAGAGUGUGAAUUAUGUGCACACACACAGAGCUACAGAUUUAUGAGAAGCACACCUAGAGCUUAUUAAUUAAUACAUUACAUCUUGUUAGUUUCAUUUGUAUAAAAUCAAAAUGUAAAAACAGCAUGCAAGUUGUUUCCCCGCGCUUCCAGUCUUUGUUAAGCUAAGCUAAUUGACUUCCAGCUCUAGCUUCAUGUAAUGCACACAAGAUCUUCUAACUCACUGAAAUGAAUAAAUGUCAAAAUGUCAAACUAUUUCCUCAAAAUAAUAAGUUUUGACUUUAUAAGUUUAUUUUAAGUAGUUUUUCUUAGAGAAGAAAGUGUAGAGUUAGUUGAUGUUGUUGCCUUUUUCAAACAAAAAUUGGUGACAAUUGUGAGCAUUAGUCUGAAAUACUAUCCGUAACAGUUCAAGAUUAAACUUUAAUUUACAUUAUGUGGAGGUCAAGAACUGUCAUUUUUAUUAUUUAUAUGAUUCAAUGUUACUGAACCCACAUGGAAAAUAAUAUUUUCUUUAACAGAUUAUUGUGAAUAUGUGAAUGGUUUUCUUUUGGUUUCAAGUUACUGACUGUAUGGUGGAAUAUUUUAAUUUUAGCCACAAUAAACUGCUGUUUCGCGUCAACAAUGACAGAUAAAUGACCAAGUAGGUAAUAUUUUUAAAGAAUAUAUUCAACUUUACUUUUUAAUGACAUCCUAUGACUCUUUUAAGUGUGGUAUUUUUUGUUGGUACUGUAUUCUCUCGUUAUUGGUUAUAUUUACACUGUUAAUUAGCAAUUCUUUUAGUUUCUUUACAUUUUACAGUGUCUAAACAGCAACAGAGCCAGAUCCGACUGAUUUUUAAAAAUAAAAUCAGUAAAAAGUCUGAUUUUGUCACUAUUUGAAUGCAGCCCAACAACAAAGACAUGUGGAGGGUACUUUCACUCGUGCCUGUUUGAAGAGGAAGAAUUUUUUACCAACACCAUAAAUAUACAUGACUAAAAUGGGAUGUAGGUGCACUCUAAAACUCAGAGACAAGAUCCUUGAAAGCAAUAUGUAGUUCUGUGCUGUAACAUUUAUACGUGGAUGUGGCUUAGAGGUAGAAUAGGUCGCCCGCUAAUCAGAAGAUCCGCGGUGUGUGAAUGAUUAGUUUCUUUCUGAUGAGCACCUUGCAUGAUACCCUCUGCCAUCAGUGUAUGAAUGUUUGUGAAUGGGGUAAAUGUGACACAUAGUGUAAAGCGCUUUGAGUGGUCAGAAGACUAGGAAGCCGCUAUACAGGACAGCCCUUUUUUCAAUAAACAAAAGGUCCAAAUGGUGACAAAAAUAUCCAAAAACCUUAAGGUACCAAGUGUAAAGGACUUUUUACAGUACUGAGUUACCACUUCACUACAUUACCCUUAUAUUAUUAUGGUCAUUAUCUUUGAUUGCUACUGAGAAGCAUGCAACACUGUGCCUUCAUAUUGCCCCUUUUCAGGCCUGCAGUGAGAAAAGCAGUGUUGAAUAUCCAAAUUACUGUCGCUCCUUUGAAACAAUUUGAACACAGAACUAUUUUUGUGGUCAGCUCUAGAAAGCUGCCUAGUUAUAAAACCCCACAUAUAUAUGCACAAAUUAUAUUGCAAUGUUUAGAUUCUUAAAGAGAAAAGUCUGACUUUGGUGUGUGGUUUAUGUAAUAUGCACAUGCCUCUAUGUUCACAUGUCAUGAGAUGAGAAAUUUAACUAUUUCAAGCACAACGGGAACUCUUUGUUAUGAACUGUGACAUACUGUACUAUUCAUAAUAAAUAUUUUAUACAGAC